AGAAGUUAUAUUGAGCAGUUUCUGUUUUUAUAUUUGAUCAUAAUCAGAGAGAUAUUCAAAGAUGGCGUGGAGAGUAGUAGUUAAAAACGCAAGCAAAGUUUCAAGCUUUACACCACAACAACCCAAUUUAAUUCGUGGCUUCUCCAGAUUCUUCUCUAAAACCCCACCUUACAUUGCAAAAGUCGGAAUUCCGGAGUUCUUAACUGGAAUAGGUAAAGGAGUGGAAGCACAUGCAGCCAAGCUUGAAUCUGAAAUUGGUGACUUUCAUAAACUUCUUGUUACACGGACCUUGAAGCUCAGGAAGCUAGGCAUUCCUUGCCAACAUAGAAAGUUGAUAUUGAACUAUGCCCACAAGUAUAGGGUGGGGCUGUGGAGGCCUAGAGCUGGCCUUAUGAAAGCGAAAUAAGGUAAGACAAAAUGUUCUUGUUUUCUGGAAAACAGUACGGAAUCAGUUUGCUUCAUGAGCCCAUGGUUUUAGAGUGUUUGAUCUCAUGAUAAGUGUAGUCCUUUAUUAGUUUGUCAAAAUUAUAGGAAAUUUAAAGGCCUAUGUUUUGUAGGACACUUUUUCAAAUUAGAUUAAGGAGCAUGUUGAGCAAACUCAUGUUACGUGCGUGCCUAAUGAUUUGAUUAUGUUGAGAUUAUGAUGAUUGACAAAAUAAUUAAAUUGGGAUGCACUAUUUUCUUUUCA